AUGAGACAUUUCCUUCUAGUUUUUAUUUUCUUAUCAACCAUAUCAUGUGCCAAUGCCAGAGGUCGAAUGAUUGAACCAUGUCAAAGGUCAUCACUAUGGCGAAAAGGUUACAGUUCACCAGUAAAUCAAGAUGAUGAUGGCUUAAACUGUGGCGGAUACUGGCACCAGUGGCAGGAAAACAAAGGCAGAUGUGGAGUCUGUGGCGACCCAUGGGAUUCAAAUCCCCGCCCCAAUGAAAUGGGUGGCAAAUAUUUUAAUGGACUCAUUGCUAGAACUUAUCAUACAGACGAUUCUCACAUUAAUAUUGAAAUAGAAGUUGAGAAGAACAAACACGGAUAUUUUGAAUUCCGACUUUGUCCUGAAGUUUCUGAUAAUAAUCCAGUGUCACAGGAAUGUUUAGAUCGUUUUCCAUUGGAAAUUGUUGGACACGGGCAACGUUUCUAUCCUUCUAGUGCCAGAAAUGUGUAUUUGCAAAUUGCUAUGCCAAAGGGCUUGGUUUGCGAAAGAUGUGUCCUUCAAUGGAAAUGGCAUACAGCUCUCCACUGGGGAAGAUGUGCAAAUGGAAGUAGUCAAGUCGGUUGCGGCGACCAAACUGAAAUAUAUAACUGUGCUGACAUUUCUAUAUUACCAAGGGGACACAACUCAUUCAGAAAUACUCUUAAUGAAGUGACAAACGAAUUCAGUAUUCCAAUAAUUCAACCAGAAUCUCAAUCCUUAGAUGUCUCACCUAGUGAAAACCCUCUUGGAAAGUCUUCAACUUAUUCAUUUUUGAUAGGAAAAGGCGAUUUAUAUGGAGUUCCGGUAUCAACUGCAAAAUCAGUCACCGAGACAAAGUCGAAUGUACUAAUGGCCAAGAAUAAUAUUGUUGUUGAUUCUGUCAAUUCAUUACCCGAAGAUACGAAACGAAUCGAUAAAAGUUCGUUAGAUAACAAGGAAGUUGUUACAAAAGACGUGAUUAAUCUUCCUUAUAUCGGUAUGACAACUUCAGUUCAAAAGAAUGACCAAUCUAAUGGCGUUUCCCCAACACAGGAUCCCGGUACUUUACGAGACAAUGUUGAAGUAAUUGAGCUGUCACGUACCAAAAGAAACGUUAAAUCGGCACCAUCUAGCAGUCAGGUUGUACCUUCCGUUGGAAAUUCGAGUGCGUCGACUACCGGAAGUCAAGGCGCAUCAAUUGAAGGAGGCCAAACUUCUGCUAUGUCCACAGGAAGUCAGGAUGUUGUCACUAAAACAACUGUAAUUGUAAACGGUCACCAGUCAGCACCGUCAUUGUCUUCAUCAUCAUCAUCUAUGACUGAAGCAAUAUCGCCAGUUAAAGGUCAGGAAUGGAAAGUUAUAAACGUAAAUCAGUCCCCUGAACAGAAGCAACCAGUAACAAUUCAGGAAACUAACCCGCUAUCGACUUCUCAGUUUGAUAUAAGUAAUAUAGCAUUUGCUAAUGCUGUUAAUGAUUUUACAUCGGGUACAUUGUUGUCGCAUCAUAUAACUGAUAGUAUAGGUAAUUUGGCGAAUCCUGGAACAUACAAUCCUUCCAUAGCACAGUUUACAGGAAUGAUGCAUCCAACUGCUUACCCGACUAUGGAUUAUUCUACAUACAACCAACAAAAUCAGGGCUUACUGGGAAUCUCUAUGUUUGAUCAUGGUAUUGUUAGCGAAACACAAAGUGGUUUUGUUGACACGACUAGCAAUGUUGCUUCCUGGGUUGAACAAACAGCUGAAACAACAACAUCUGCUGUGGGUACUACCAAAGCACCUAGUACUACAACAGUUACUAGUGAUCAACCACAGUCAAAUCAAGUCAAAAUAGUCGAACCUCUUACAGCAGGUACGAAUACAUGGUCUAUCCACGGAAUGAUCGAACCUUUACCACCUACGACGACUCAAGCUCCAUGGGUCGAAGCAAAUCCUACUUGGGUAACAGUAGCACCAAGUGAUCGGCUGCUAACACAACCAGUUAUGCUUCAUGGAACACAGCAACUUAACAAUCAAGGUAUUAUGGGUAAUAGCGGUUUGUGGACGCAAUUAUCAGGAAUGUCAACGCCGGGUUAUUAUGACUGGGCUGAAAUACCUUUCACAGACGGCAUAACAACACAAACAACACCAAGUACAACAGUUUUCAAGACAACAACCCAUACUUCUACUACCCAAACACCUGUUGAAUCUACAAAGCAAGUAGCAGUAAAAGAGGAAAAGAAAAACAUAACAGAAGCAAAACCUGUCGAAAUUACAACUACAGGAGUACCUACGACAACGGAACGAUUGUCAACUCAUCGACCAGUUCUUGGAUCCGCAGUUGACAGUAUUCAACCAAAUUCAUACGGUGCAGUAGUUGAAGAUCUUUCAUCGACACCUGCAAAGGCUGUAGUUACGGAAAGAACAACAGUUAAUGAUGUACAGAUUGCCACAGAACCACCGACAACUAAAAUAAAACCGACGCUACAACAAACUGUGGUAACAACAGGUGUAUCUAAAGUUACAACAAAACAACCUGUUGUUCUGAACGUACCACAACAAGCUCCUAAAUUGGUUAAAAACGUUGCACCCUCAGGAUCAUAUAAUGUUUUCAAGGAGAACAUUGGACAGCCAAUUGAUGUUGAUACCGUUGUCAAACAGGGUAAAGAUAGUGCCCAAGGAAUAAAAAAUGAAAUACAAGCAACGAUAAAAGAACAGUCUGUCAAACCUCCUCGAGCUUCUCUCGGAAUGCAAAAGAAAUCUCAAGUCUUAAUUGAAAAUAUGAUGUUGACUAUGGCUGAUCUAAUGAAAAAGAUUAAAAGCAGUCCACAGUUACAACCUGGUGUGUCAUCUGUCAAAACAACAAUAAGAAGGAUUAAGCAAAACGUGGAUAGAAAUAUACCAGCAACUCCUUCAGCAAUAAAUCACGUCAAGGAGUUGAAAAUGGUUGAUGUUGUAAAAACAAUAAAAUCAACACCCACACCAACUACAAUCAAGUCAACGACCAAAAGAACAACUACGACAACCACGACAGAACCCCCAACUACAACAGUACCACCACCACCACCGACGACAACAACAAUACCAACUACUACAACAACUCAACCGACAACGACACAAUCAACAACAACAACUGAACCGACAACAACCGACCCACCAGUUGUCGAUGCAGUCGGUGGUGCCUCAAUGAGUUUUUUUAAUCACAUGUAUAACCCUCAAACGACAGGAACACCAAAUGUAUGGAAUAAUGUACCUCCUACCACAGUUUCACCUAUAACAUGGAAUGAUGCAGUGGGUUCGUCAUCCUUGAUUAAUGCCGGAAGUGGUACUGGUUUAAUGAAUGAUGUACCAGCAACACAAAACUCUCCAUCAAUGAACCAGAAUUUUGUAGAUUUAAUGAAUACUUUAACUGCUCAGAACACAGCUAUGCAAUCUGGUGGUUUGACCAAUCAACAAAUUGUUGACAUAAUAAAUCAACAAUCUUCCACUACAACAAAUAUACAAGGCGGAAGUUUAGCUUCAGCGAGCGGAACUGGAGAAGUCGCUACACUAAAUGCAGUCGAAAUACAACAACCAUACCAAAAUGUUGUAAGUUCGGCUACUAACCAAGUUUUUACAGACAAUACCCUUAAUUAUUUAGAAGCACCUGCACAGACAGGACAAACUUUCCAAAAUCAAAUCGAAAUGACAACUAAACCUCGAACCAUCCAGGAAAUGGCCGCAGGAGGAAUGGUAAAUGUUGACUGGGAUGCUUUACAAGGAAGGGGGAGAACGGCCAAAACAGCAAAUCAACCUAUGACAGGAAUGGAAGCACUGAUUCAGUUAAUGAAACAGCAAGGUUAUAUACAACCACCGCCUGCUGCAACCCCAGCGCCACCUACUACCACGACAACUCCAAUACCAACCACGACCACUCCUAUUCCAACGACAACCACACCACCGGCCCCUACUCCACCACCGAUAAUUUACUAUGCUGAAGAUUUAACACCACGGGAUGUAGAUCCUAUCUCUAGAGCUGUUAUGUUGAAAAUGAUUAAAUCUAUGGCUCCAACUCGUCAAGAUCUGUUUACAGUUCUAUAUACAACUGGUCCUGAUUUGAUGAACUCAAUGGGAAUAAAUCCCAAAAACAUACGUGGUUCUGUUCAUGUUGCAUUAAUGAACAUUUUCCCUGAGCUUCGCAGACCUUUAGGAUUACCGCCUCCUAGACGAAGACCAAGAUAUCAACAGCCUUAUGCCUCCAGUCAAGGACAAUACGCACAAAACACCGCACAAGUAGCGGGUCAAGUUCAGUACGCACACACUGCUGCCUCGGGUCAAGGACAAUACCCACAUGCUGCUACUACAGGUCAAGGACAAUACCCACAAGCUGCUACUACAGGUCAAGGACAAUACCCACAAGCUGCUUCUACAGGUCAAGGACAAUACCCACAAGCUGCUACUACAGGUCAAGGACAAUACCCACAAGCUGCUACUACAGGCCAAGGACAAUACUCACAUACUGCUACUACAGGCCAAGAACAAUACCCACACACUGCUACUUCAGGUCAAGGACAAUACCCACAAGCUGCUCCUAUAGGUCAAGAACAAUACCCACAAGCCGCUACUUCAGGCCAAGGACAAACUGGUUAUGCGAUGACACAACCACAAGCCUCCUUACAAGGAGCAGCGCAAGCAUAUAAUAGACCUCCAAGACCUACUAUUGAUCCAAUUCAGAGAGCAAUGGAAGCAGCAAUGACAAAACAAGUUCUUCAGAUGCUUGGUUUAGUUCCUGAACCUCCAGAUGUACCACCCGGUGGGCGUAGAGGAGGGCGUGGUCGCGGCCUUGGAGGUGGAAUGGCAGGUGGAGCUGCUGGUGCUUAUCAGGAUCCGUAUGCCCAGCCAUAUAGCGCUGAUCCGUACGCACGUCCUUAUGGUGCAGGUCCAGCCGAUCCCUGGCGUCCAAGGGGUCCUCAAGCUAUGACUCCAGAAUGGGCUGGAGUUCUUGGUGUAGGCCCUGAGCCAGGAGAUGUCCCACCAGGAGGAGCAGCAGGAGGAGCAGGAGGAGCCGGUGGCGGACCAAUGGUACCCGGAGGACGACGUGCUCGGAUGAUGGACCAAAUGAUUGAAAUGAUGGGCUUAUAAGGUUGAACAUGUUAAAUAAACAAUACAAUGACGGUGAGGGGGUUGGAAUUUGUUCCGGAAAUCCGUGUGUCAGGAAUAAAAAAUGAUAUUGAAAUCUUUACCACACUGUUACUGUUAUAUGCAUCAAUUUCAAGAUACUAUUAUGAAAUAUUAGAAAUGUUUUCCUGAAAUAUAAUAAUAGUACUGUUUAUUUUCAUAUUGCAUGAUGUUUUUUUUCGGUUUUUGUAAAAUGUGAAACGAAUUUAAAAGUAAUCGUCAUGUCAACUUUGAUACAUUUGAUUUACAUGUUAUGGAUUACCUGUUAUUCAACCCAAAGCUUUAUUGAAAUAUUUUGAACGUCCUAAGAUUUGAAUUUUUUUUUCUCAAUGAUUAAAGAUCUGCAUGUCCAUAUUAUAAACAUCUUCAAUUUUCGCUUGGUUUGUACUAUUUGCAAUUUAGAUACGUUGUCACAUUCUGAUUUCGACAGGGAUUGCAUAUUCGAAGUUAUGCAUGUUCACCAACUAAUAGUAAACGAAAGGCUGUAUUUUUUAAUCGUAAACCGAUUAAUCAAGUCAUUAUGUCAUUUCGAUAUGAUCCCACUGAGUUCUUUUGGGUUAAUUGAUUUUUUUAAAUAUAAAUUAAAAAACAUUUGUUCUUUUUAUUCCGCAUCAAAGUCGAAUGGUGUUUUAUAAAUGUUGGCAGAUAAUGUACUUUUGUCUUUAAAUUAAGGUUUUUUAUUUAAAGUACAAAAAAUUUUCGAUUCCUUUCUUACCUUCACUGCUUCGAAAUGUUGCUACGUAUAGAACGGAAAUUUGUGAUCUCUACGCCAGAUAUUGAUUUGCAUUUAUUCUUUUGAAAUUUUGAAAUGUAUCACGUGAUUAAUACCAAAACCUGAAAAUGAAUAAGAUUCAAAUAAAUUCAAGAGAAAUGUAUGGUUGUUUUUUUCAACUAUGGUCUCAAAAGUAAAAUGUCAUAGGUUACUAUUGUUUUGAUGUUGUAUUUGUGUAGUUUGAAUGGUUUUUAAGUGUGUAGGUUUUUGUUUUGUUUUAGAAAUUCGAACAUGAAGUGGCCAAUUCAGUGUUUUUGUUUAUUAAUAAAGGUACAUUAAAAUGUACAUCAAUUUAAAAGAUCGGAACUGAUAGGGUAAAACUGAUGCUUACGUUUAAAUUUUGGUCAUAAUUCAGUGAAGGAAGACUAAUAUAUUUUUUGUAUAUAAAUGAGAAAAUGUGAUAUAUAACGUUAGAAUCUACUGUUCAUUUCCUUCUUUGUUUUCUUGAUUUUUUUCAGGAGUAUAUUUACGCUUUUUUUUUCUUUUCUUUUCAUUUGUUACGAUUUCCUUUUAAAUUGUGUUUGUUUGCUCUUUGGUAUAUGUGUGUGUGUGUGAGGUUGUUUCUUUUCCCUUUUCCUCAAUAAAUCACUUAAUAUCCUGAAAAGGCAACGUCGUAUAUAAACAGUUUAUCUUUUCAGGUAAAUUCUUAUUUUGAAAUUGUGAUGACUACUUAAAUACUGCAAAAAGAUAAACAAACACUUCGUCAAAUUCCGUAUUGAGUCGUGCCCUUUUUUUUAAAUUUAUGGAGCAUACUAAUUUAUUGUCAAUUUUUCUCUAUUUUUUUUCAUAUUAUACCUAAGGACGUGUCACUCGUUGGUUCAUAUGAUUGCUUAAAGUUUUGAUGCGUAUGGAAAACCAAAAACGAAUAAAACAAACAGGAUUUUAUUUUUUGUAUAUAAUUGUUAUUUUGAAUCACAGAAUUGCACAGAAGUUUCUAACUAUUUUCUAUAAUGUGUAUGUAUAUUUUUAUUAUUAUUGUGAGAAUCAUCUAUCAUUCAUAAUAAAAUUAUUUCCAUCCA